AUGCCGCAUCGAUCAAGUUCACGUGGUCGAUGCCGAUCAAGAUCUCCACGUCGUGAACGUCGACGACAUAAUCGAGAUCGUUCACCUAUUCCGCCUCGACGCGAUCGAAGUCGUAGUAGUGGACAUGAAGCCCAAGAUGAAAUUGAGCGUCUGAAUCCAACACCAAGCAAUGUUCUGGGUGUUUUUGGACUCUCGUCACGUACAGAAGAACGAGAUGUUCGACGAAUUUUUUCAAAAUUUGGACGAAUCAAUAAUAUUCAUAUCGUUUAUGAUCGUGGAACUGGUCGAUCUCGUGGUUUUGGCUUUAUCUAUUAUGAUAGAAUGGAAGAUGCAAAAGCAGCUAAACGAGAAACUCAUGGAAUGGAUAUUGAUGGUCAAAAGAUUCGUGUUGACUUUUCGUUGACUGAUAAACCGCAUGAUCGAACACCAGGAAUUUAUAUGGGAGUAGCUGAAACUCGAAAUUCUCGAAACGAUUAUAGAUCAUCACGGCGACAUCGUAGUCCAUCACGCUCACCACGUCGUCGAUCUCGUUCAUAA